UGUUAUUUCAUAGCGGCGUGAUCUGCAGAGCCCGCUCAAGCUUUUCUGUUUCUUUCUUCCUUUUACCCCGUAAAUACAUAUAUAUAUAUUUACAUAUAUAUAUAUAUAUUGGUGUUUGGACUACCGCGCGUGUGCACCGAGCAGGGGUUAAGAUGUCCAGGAGACGACACAGCGACGAGAACGACGGGGGUCAAGCCCAUAAAAGGAGGAGAACAUCGGAGCCCAUUGAGAUCGAGGACCGUCUGGAAUCACUGAUAUGUCGUGUGGGAGAAAAAAGCACAUCGUCCCUGGAGAGCAACCUGGAGGGCCUGGCGGGCGUCUUAGAGGCCGACCUUCCCAACUACAAAAACAAGAUCCUGCGUAUUUUAUGUUCGGUCGCCCGGAUCCUGCCCGAGAAGCUGACCGUCUACACGACGCUAGUCGGCCUCCUAAACGCCAGGAACUAUAACUUUGGGGGCGAGUUUGUGGAGGCCAUGAUAAGGCAGCUGAAGGAGACCCUGAAAAAUAACUUGUACAACGAAGCGCUUUACCUGGUGCGUUUCCUGUCAGACUUGGUUAACUGCCACGUGAUUGCUGCUCCUUCCAUGGUGGCCAUGUUUGAAAAUUUUGUCAGUGUUAUUCAAGAGGAAGAUGUUCCUCAGGUUCGGUCCGACUGGUUCGUGUACGUCGUCCUGUCGUGUCUGCCCUGGGUCGGUAAGGAGCUUUACGAGAAGAAGGAUGUUGAAAUGGACCGACUGCUGAGCCAGAUCGAAGGAUACCUCAAGGGGAGAGUGAAGACCCACGUCCCCAUGCUGCAGGUGUGGACGGCUGAGAAGCCUCAUCCCCAGGAAGAGUACUUGGACUGCCUGUGGGCUCAGAUUCAGAAGCUGAAGAAAGACCGCUGGCAGGAGCGCCACGUCCUGCGUCCGUACAUCGCCUUCGACAGCGUCCUGUGCGAGGCGCUGCAGCACAACCUGCCGCCCUUCACCCCGCCGGGACACAUGCCCGACGCCCAGUACCCCAUGCCCCGGGUCGUCUUCCGCAUGUUCGACUACACCGACGCCCCAGAGGGACCCGUCAUGCCCGGCAGCCAUUCUGUGGAGAGAUUUGUCAUAGAAGAAAACCUGCACUGUAUUAUCAAAACUCACUGGAAAGAGAGGAAGACCUGUGCUGCCCAGUUACUCAGCUAUCCGGGGAAAAAUAAGAUCCCGCUCAACUAUCACAUCGUGGAGGUGAUAUUUGGACAGCUGUUCCAGCUGCCCGUGCCUCCACACAUCGACGUCAUGUACACGGCGCUGCUUAUCGAACUCUGCAAACUGCAGCCGGGCUCUCUGCCGCAAGUCCUGGCUCAAGCCACAGAGAUGCUGUACAUGAGACUGGACACGAUGAACAGCAGCUGCAUAGACCGAUUUAUCAACUGGUUUGCGCAUCAUUUGAGUAACUUCCAGUUUCGAUGGAGCUGGGAUGACUGGGCCGACUGCCUGACCGUGGAUCUAGAGAAGCCCAAGCCCAAGUUUGUGAAGGAGGUUCUGGAGAAGUCUAUGAGACUUUCUUACCAUCAGCGGAUAGUGGACAUCGUCCCCCCGACCUUCUCCGCCCUCAUCCCCGCCGAGCCCCUCUUUUCCUUUAAAUACGAAGACGAGAGUGCAUCUUCGUUGCCAGGUUACCCCGUCUCCAUCACCGUCUCCAACGCCAUCAAGAACCGAGCGUCUAACGAGGAAAUCCUCACAAUCCUCAAAGACGUCCCCAACCCCAACCAGGAGGACGACGACGACGAGGGCGAGACGUUCAACCCCCUGAAGAUCGACGUGUUCCUGCAGACGCUGCUGCAUCUGGCAGCCAAGUCCUUCAGCCACUCCUUCAGCGCCCUCGGCAAGUUCCACGAGAUCCUGAAAGCUCUGACAGAAAGUGACGAGGGGAAGCUGCACAUCCUGAAGGUGGUGUACGACGUGUGGAGGAACCACCCGCAGAUGAUUGCGGUUCUGGUGGAUAAGUUGGUCCGGACUCAGAUCGUGGACUGCGCGGCGGUGGCUAACUGGCUCUUCUCUCAGGACAUGGCUCACGAGUUCACCAGACUUUUCAUCUGGGAGAUCCUGCACUCGACCAUCCGGAAGAUGAACAAACACGUGCAGAAGAUCCAGAAGGAGCUGGAGGAGGCCAAGGAGAAGCUGGAGAAACAGCAGCACAAGAGGCAGAAGGACAGCGGCGACGACGAGGACAUGGAGAAGAACAGCGAGGACGAGGACGGGCAGCUGGAGGAACAGAUCGAGAGGCUGCAGGAGAAGGUGGAGUCGGCUCAGAGCGAACAGAAGAACCUCUUCCUCGUCAUCUUCCAGCGGUUCAUCAUGCUGCUGACGGAGCACCUGGUCCGCUGUGAGACGGGCAGCGUGGACAUCAGCACUCCCUGGUACAAGAACUGUAUCGAGCGGCUGCAGCAGGUCUUCCUCAUGCACCACGUGACCAUCCAGCAGUACAUGGGGACCCUGGAGAACCUGCUGUUCACGGCCGAGCUGGACCCGCACAUCCUGGCCGUGUACCAGCAGUUCUGCGCUCUGCAGCUCUGAGACGCCGCGCCAGCGCCGGCGCCACCUAGAGGAGCAUUUACGCUACAGCGCCCCAUGUGAUUCACCACACAUCAGAAAAUACCAGCUCUUGCAUCAAGAAUCUCCUCUUUACAUAUAUAAAUAUUACUUUUCUUUUUUUUUUUUUUUACCCUUUUUGUGUCGGUGCCAGUAAUGCUUUGGGCCACCGUGACUGAGGACGUCGUUCAGAGUAGGAAUACAAAUGAGAAUCCCUCGUUAGUUUACUGUAGUGCUCUGUUUUAUUUUCUUCGUUGUGUUUUUUAUUUUAAUGCUUUGAGUUUAGUUGAUUUUUACAUCCAGCUCGUGUUCUGAAUGGAUCUUUUUAAGGACGUAUGAACUGUCUGAGUCGACACGGAGCUGGAAACUUCAGGAAGCUCCGACCGGUCCCGCAUCCAGAGAGCACCCACAUACUUUUAUAUUUGUUUUAUGUGGAAUUGGGAAGUAAUUAAAACUUCAGAGUCUUUA